AUGAGCGGCGCAGCAUCGGUAGUCAACAGCUUUGACUGGCUUUCCAAAUUCCGCCAAGCAGGAAAAGGUCCAAACUCAGUAAAUGCAUCUUUGAUCUGGGAGCUGGCACGGCAUUUGUUUCUCGAUGACAUCGACAACAAAAAAAUAUGGCGGAAAGCCCUUCAGUGCAUCGAACUGAUCGGAGAGGAUGACUACAUGGACCAAUUCAUACCUGGCGUGAAUCUCAGCCAGCACAAUCUCUCCAGUAUCUCUAAUCUGGGUGCUUUUGUUCCAGGUCCAAGCGAAGAACCUGUUUCUAGCGCGGGCUGGACUAUCUCCAAUAUAGAGUUUUCGACGAGUGCAUGGAAGGCGGGAUGUGGUGCUGAUCUGGUGUUCAAUGUAGCCGGUGUGCGCAAUCGCCCUUCCACAAUCAAUGCUACCUAUGAGGAAGGUAACUUACGAGAAGAUAUGGUCUGCGACCUUCUGAAGCGAGUUGAGAUGCGGAUGGCUGCGAUCAUUUGA